CUCUCUCUCGCCAUUUCCGUUCCCAUUUCCUUCCGCUUUCCUUGCUGGUGAGGCUCCUCCGGUUCCUCUCCGCCGCGUCUUCCUCCCUGCGCCGGCCGACUUUUCCAUUUCUCCCCCUUUUCCUGCUGAGUUUGUUUUCUGGCUGGCCAAGAGGCGAUUUUUAGUGCCUCCUUGGCGAUCCCGGCCGCGAAUUUCCACGACCUCGACCUCCGGUUUCUGUUGCGCCCGCGCUGGGCUCUCCUCCGUGCGCACGAGCCUGCCAAGGGGAAGCAAGGGUAACCGGAGAUUUGAGCUCCGGGCCCGCCUCAUGGCGUCCAUGGCGCAGGUCCAGCGUGGUGAAUGAACAAAUAGGAGCGGUGCUUUUUUUUGGGAGGGGGGCGAUUGGGUUUCAGAUUUCCUUUCUAAAUAAAUGUUUCCCAUGUGGAUUUUUGGAAAAAAAAAAUUGUUUUUUAAUGUCAGUAUUUUAUCGCCCUCUUAAAAAAAUGUGCUGUUUCUAGAUGCUUCUCCUUCGGGUUUGGGUUCCACGCCAAUCAUGGUAUCCGUAGAGGGUUCUAGAACGAGAUGGCCAAUACUAGCAUACUACAUUGAUUAAAGAUAUCUGGCACACAGGUAUAGGUGCCUAAUUCGGAAAAAUAAUAAUAAUGGGUGUUUACCACUUAUGGUAGUUUGUUGUACCCAUUUCCCUUUUUUACUAUGGUAACUUAUCUUCCAUUUAAUCCAUCAGUGAGUCAUUAUAAACCAAUAGACAAGUCUAGCUUCAACAGUUUCCCACCCAUGACCCAUCCUAUCCUAUCCUAUUGUUACCAGUUUACCACCUCUUUUACAUGUCUCAACUCUUAAGUCGGUGUCAUUUGAGGGAUCAGAAGCACUCAAAUCUGGACGUUUUUGCAUGGAAAGAGGUGGUUUGCCAAUUGACAAAAGGCUGCCGCCGGAUGCUGUCCAAUCUCCCCUGGUGGAUGAUGCAAUGCAACCCAAGGAGGGGACGGAUGGGUACCCUGUCAAGGUACCCAUUUCUUGUCCCACUUUUCACAUCAGCUCGGAAGCCUUACACGAUCACGAAACAGCGAGAGAAGUGGACAGAAGAAGAGCAUGGGAAGUUCCUGGAGGCACUGAAGCUUUAUGGUCGGUCUUGGCGCCAGAUACAAGAACACAUUGGCACAAAGACUGCUGUCCAGAUUCGGAGCCAUGCUCAGAAGUUUUUCUCCAAGGUGGUGCGUGAACCUGGGGCAAGUAAUGCAAUUGAGAUCCCACCCCCUAGGCCAAAGAGAAAACCACUGCACCCAUACCCUCGCAAGUGUGCUGACUCCACCAUUGCAAAUCGUCCAAUUGGCGAACCGAAGAAUGCUCCUAUUUCAUCAUCAUCUGGUUCUGAUCAAGAGAAUGGUUCGCCUGUGUCGGUGUUAUCUGCAAUGCAAUCAGAUGCUUUUGGAUCAUCAGUAUCAAACCCGUCAACGGGGUGUACAUCCCCUGCGUCAUCGGAUGAGGGGGAUAAUGUCGCUGAGGUAGUGAAUGGGGAGGAAACUAUACCCACUCAGCAAAUAGAAGAUGAUCAAUGCCGUCAGGAAUUAAAGCAGGACAACAGUGACGGUGAGUUGUCUGAAGAAGAUUCAUCACGAGUCCAAGAAACCAGUUUGAAGCUUUUUGGGAAGACAGUUAUCAUCCCAGACCCAAAGAAAGUUUGUUCCUCGGAUGGGGCAGCUGGAGCUGGAGAGAAAGACUCUCAUUCUUCUACACAAGAAAUGCUGCAAGCAUCCUUGGUCGGAGGUGUUGCAGCAGUCGGAGGUGUGGCAGCAUACCCUUCCCAUAAUGGAUGGAUUCUUCCAUUCCAAUCUUUCCCUGUUCAUAUGUAUGAGUCGGGGGAUGCUAGGAUUUCCCCUCUUCAUAUAUGGUGGCCUUACUAUGGUUUCCCGGCCAACCAUCCAAGAGGGUUUGGUACAGGGCUGCAUAACGAAGGUGCCAGUGAGAGUGAUACCAGCAAAAGCCCAUCAGUUGAAUCUAGUUCAGAUUGCGUGGGCAAUGCUCAUACAACCACCCCUACCAACUGCAAAGUUGUCAAGGAGUCACUUGGGCCAGUUGAGUCAGGUCCAAGUGUUGAGCUGAAACCCAGCGUGAAUUCGGCCUUCGUAAGAGUGAAGCCGAGCAGCGGCAGCAGAGACCAACCGAUAAGGGGAUUCAUGCCAUACAAAAGAUGUAAAGUCGAAUAACCCAACCAGAUAUUUGUCUACAGCUAAUUUGACUGAAGAUUGAUUGAUCUUGAACAGUAGAGACUCAAGUGGCACACAGCCCCUGUUCCAGUGUGCCUGCCAUUUUUUGCCUGCAAAAGAGGUACCGAGAUUGGCAAGUGUAUGUGUAACAUUAUUUUUCAUGCUUGCAGCGCAAUGUAAGAUUCUGCAAGCUUGUUGCUGUUACCUAGUGUAGACUGGACAGAUAUUAUUGUGCAGGGAUGCCGAUCUCUGGCCUGUUAUGUUGUUGUAUAAGGAAACCAGAUUUUGUUGAACUCUCCUGUUCAAAGUUAUUAAUUCCUAAUGGAAACUGAUUUAUGAA